UCUGAGAGCGUCACUACGAGGUUCGUGAAGAUCUCACCCUGCCACAGUGACCCUUGUAUUUUAUUUGUGGGGGAAUCCGUCACCAUUGAAGUCACAUUUCUGGCAGGAGCAGAUAUCGUACCAAGCGUGUUUAGGCUGAAAAGUAGAAUUGGAGGCAAGCUUUCAGACAAAAUUUUCCUUGAUGAUGCCGUAUGUUCUCGCUUCUCACCAAUGUGUCCUAUUCGAUCUGGAGGGACAUACACAUACAGAUUCAAAGGCGUGGUCAAACGAGGUCAGUCA